CGCAUCGUCAUGGCAUGCAGAGACCUGGAGAGGGCAGAGGAGGCGCGGGCGGAGAUCUUGGAAGACACGGGAAACGAGAAUGUGAUCAUCAGGAAGCUGGAUCUAUCGGACACCAAGUCCAUCAGAGCGUUUGCUGAGCUUAUCAACAGAGAAGAGAAACAAGUGAAUAUCCUGAUAAAUAAUGCAGGGAUCAUGAUGUGUCCCUACUCCAAGACUGUAGACGGGUUUGAAAUGCAGUUAGGGGUCAAUCAUCUGGGUCACUUCCUGUUGACUUACCUGCUGCUAGACCUCAUCAAGCGUUCAGCUCCUGCCCGUAUUGUCGUCGUGGCAUCUGUGGCCCACACCUGGACCGGGCUUCGACUGGAUGACAUCAACAGUGAGAGGAGUUAUGAUACCAUGAAGGCCUAUGGACAGAGCAAGCUGGCCAAUGUCCUCUUUGCACGCUCACUUGCCAAACGGUUACAAGGAACAGGGGUGAGCGUGUUCUCUCUGCACCCGGGGGUGGUGCAGUCCGACCUGUGGAGGCACCAGCACCAGUGCAUCCAGGUGGCAGUGAAGAUCUUCAGGAUUUUCACCAAGACAACAGUGGAGGGAGCACAGACCACAAUCUACUGUGCUGUGGAGCCACAUCUGGACAGCCAGAGUGGAGGGUACUUCAGUGACUGUGCCCCUGCAAGUUGCUCAAGGAUUGCUUCUGAUGAUGACUUGGCCCAAAAACUGUGGGAGAUCAGCUGCAACAUGCUUGGCAUCACCUGGCAGUGAAUAGCUGCAAAUGGACUGUGCAGUGAAGGAUGUAUAGAGGUAUUAAUGUUCCAUGCAGUCCAAAGGUCAGUGGAUCACGACCAAGAGCGCCUUUAUUUUGUAAAAUGUCAAAAAUGAAUCAUACAUUUUAGUCAAAUUGUAUUUAUCAAACAAGAUUGCAUGAUGUUUUACCCAUAUGUCUAAACAAUUUGGUUGCAUUCACUGAUAGGCAGAUUCAUUUCAGUACUUUUUGUAGAAAUUGAAAAAAUACUCUUUAUAUGUUUUUACUGUACUUUUCCAAACUGUACACAUUCUUUGUUUAGCCAGUUUUGUAUCUUGAGUGCAGAUGCUGUUCUAUCUUGUUAGCUUGUAGUAAAGGCUUUAGCCAGCUUUGUUCUUGCUGUGGAUGAAAAUGAACUGGUUUGUGAAAGCCUCUCAUUACAUGUUUGUAAGCUCUAGUGUGGCAGUGGGAUAGUUUUCGCCACUGAUGAGAACAAGCUGACUCUAAACAGCCUCCAAAAGCCCUUUUUUUUAAAAAAGCAUUUGAAUGAAGUACUGUACAGUUAAAGUUGAAGCACGUACUGUAGUGGGUCUUGCUCUGCUUUUUUAGCGCUUAAAGUAUCAGAAUGUACAUUUAUUGAUCAGUAAAACAUGAACCAUCAGUCUAAAAUUGUUAUUGAGGAAGGGAAAACAAUGGUUAUGUGGCUGUACUGAGGAAAUACUGUCAUCAUCCUCAAUACACUGUAAUCAUAAUAAUAAUCAUAAUAAAUUGGGAUUAUGUUAA